AAAAGCAAAAAUGAGUAUCGAUAUGAUAACGACCCUAUCUCGCUAUUAGAUCUCGUAUUAGAUCGAUUAUCCACCGCUACAAAAAACCCACGAAGAAGAAACGCGGAAGUGACGUUAGAGUGGCGCGAAAAAUUAGAACGUUGACAACGUCGAUCGUUCGUAAUGUGCACAGCCGUAGAUAAUGGAGAGAUAAUCAUCCUUAGUGAUGACGACGUCGAAGAUGACAACCGGGACGCAUCCUGCUGUGAAUCUUCAGUUGUCAUUUUGGAGACGGAGGAUGUUCCCAGGAAGGACUGCCCGCUGUCUCCCAGCAAGAUGAAUGAAGACUUAGUCGUCACCUUCACCCGUCCUGCCGAGCUGUUACCGCACGCGCGCUACGACUGUCCCAUACACCCUUUCACUGCAACAGACAACUGUAUCGAUCCUGUGUCUGGGAACGAGCACCGAUGCGAGCAGUGCUUUUGCUAUAUCUGUGACAAGCUAGCAUCCACGUGUGAAAAAUGGCUUGUGAGCCAGGUGUGCCACUGCAACAGCCACAAGAAGAGUGACUUCUGGAACGCACUCCGAAAUGGUUUGCUGAUGGGUCAACUGGAGGCCUUUCAGUUCACCUUGUCUGAAAUGGAUGACAAACUCCGACACGCAGAGUCACAGUUGCAGAUCUUCAAAUUCCAGCUUAAAGAUAACUUCACAUUGUUCCUCCAAGGCAAGAGUGUAAACGACAGCCUAGUUUACGACUACACGCCGGUGUACGAGUGUGUCUCUUCGUUCUUGAACCAAGCAGACGAGGAAGACGACAGAGCUGCAGCCGUCAUGAGGCUGGCAGCAGCGGAGGCGUUUAUUCAACAUGUCAGAGAUGGACGGGUUUCCGCAUCUCAGUCACCCUUCGCUAAUGUCAACAACGCAAAAGUGGCGCUGAUGCAAAGGGUGGUGGGGUCGUUGCAGAGGCAGAUGGUGAUGGCUGAUUUCCUACCAUGCUUCAGACAAAAACUGCAGGAUUUUUACAGCAAGUUGCACUUCCCUCCUGAGCUGAAGAACAUGAGGUUGAGCUUGAGCGUGCGCCCUUGGGAUGACGUCCUGCUAGUGUCAGUCUUGAAGGGGCAAAACGUGCUGGGGGUGCGCACUAAUAAAGGCAAGAAGGACACCAUGUUGGAAGACAUGGCGGUGAUUCUCCUGAGGGUGGAACGACUCCUGGAACAGAAAAGGUUCAGAGAGUUAAGUCGCUACCUAAGAGCCGUGCACUCGGAUCAGCCCAAACGCUUGCUGCGGUUGAAGGACCUCAUCCCUUUCUUCAUGUGCUUGGACGGCGACUUCACUGUGGCGCAAGGCAGCUUCCUGAUAGCGAACGGACCUGCCUCUCGCCUCACACCACAGCUCUUCCUGUUGUACCUCCGUACGUUGAGCACAGCCAUGGCGCCCAAGUGGACUAUCAGCCAGACCUGCGAGCUCUGCUCAUUUCAGGACGAGUGGGCGCCAAUAGAAGGUGCGGCGCCACUGACCAUUCUAGAACUGGUCCGCUUCACACUCGAGGUGCAUAGAUGCUGUUUGGCUGUCCGUGUGAAUUCUGAAUGUUGGAUCUAUCUGCUCCAAAUCGUGCAAGAUGACAUCCCCUUUCUUCCGGAUCCCAGUCAGGCGUGCCAACAAGAAGCUGUCCAGCCUGUCAAUUCCAUUCUGCACAACGAGUCCAGCAGCAAGAUACAGAUCCCGCCUCACUUUGUGUCGCAUUUCCCGGAUCGGGCCAUGUUGCUUCUGGCCACUGGGGCUUUUGGUCAAGUAAUCCUCCAUCCUGAUCUGAGUCCAGUCAAUCCCAUUCUGUGCACGUUUCAGAAAAAACAGUGGGCUCUCCGCUGGCUUUGGAACUACCUGUUGCCCAGCCAUGAACACCGUAUUGACCUCAUAAAGAAGAUCUAUCAGGAGCUGGAAAACCAUGCGGGAGUUGCUCAGAUGUGUUUUCCAAUCGAUAAACUGCUGUUCCCUGCUGCCAAAGACUGGGUCCAUCGCCUGGAGCUGAACGACCUCCUCCCUUUUCUGAUUAGCUUGGAGGGCAACUUCCCAGUGGCCCUCAAGACUUUGUUCCCGCAAGGGAACGGGCCCGUGUCGCGUCUCACGCCACACCUCUUCCAGUUUUACCUCCAAACGUUCAACACGGCGACGGUGGCCAAGCUGAGUCUUUGUUAUGAAGGCCGGCUUUGUUCAGUCGUGCACCAACGGCAGCCAAUCGAUGGUGCGGUACCGCUGUCGCGUUUGGAGCUGGUCCGCUUUGCAAUCAUGGCACAUAGAUGCUCCCCAAUGGUCCACAUGGAUUCACAGUCUUGGGUUGAACUGCUCGAAAUCUUGAGCACGCCUGAAAAGAAAUGCAACAGUCUUUCAGAACCAAGUGGAGUGUUUCUGCAAGAAGCUGUCCAGAUUGUGAACUCCAUCCUGUGGCGCAAGUCCAACUUUAACAUGAAAAUCCCACAUUACUUUCUGUCGCUUUUUCCAGACCAGGCCAUGUUGCUGCUGGUCGUUGGGGCCUUGAAUCAGCUCAUCGUCCAUCCUGAUCUGAGUCCAAUCAUCCCCAUUCUGUGCACCUUUAAGCCACAUAUAAUGUGGGCUCUCAACUGGUUCUGGAACCAGUUUCUGCCCAGCAAUGACUAUCGCAUCGGCAUCAUCGAGAAGAUCUACCAGGAGCUGGAAGACCGGCCAGGAGACGCUUCAGUGUGUCUUCAGUCCUCCAGACAAGUUCUUUUUCCACCUGCCCAGAUCUGGGACCACCACAUGCAGCUGAGCGACCUCCUCCCUUUCCUCCUCUGCCUGGAGGGGCGCUUUACAACAGCACUGCAGAGCUUCUUCCCGCCAGAGACGGGGCUCGUCUCGCGUGUCCUGCCACACAAGUUCCGGGUCUACCUGUACAUGCUCGGCACCAACACGGCGCCGAAGCUGACCAUCGGCCACAAUAGGGAGCUCUGCUAUUCUGACAAGACGUGGGGGCAAAUCUCAGGUGAGACGCCGUUGCCGCUUUCACAUCUGGUCUGCUUUGUACUCCAAGUCCAUAGAUGCAACCCGCGCAUCCACACCGAUUCUAAUUGUUGGGUGAGUCUGCUCAACAUCGUGGGUGGAGCGUACGACCGCAAAUGGCUCUCACAACCAUGUGAGGUUUUCUUGCGUGAAGCCGUACGCGUCGUGAAUGUGAUUCUGCAGACUAACUCUGGCGGCAUCGUGCAGAUCCCGCGACACUUCCUGCUGAUGUACUGUGAUCAAGCCCUGUUGCUGCUGGUCACUGAAGCUUUGAGACGGAUCAUCUGCCAUCCUGAUCUCAGUCCAAUCAUACCCAUUCUAUUGACCUUUGAGAGGAACAUGUGGGCUCUCUGCUGGUUCUGGAAUCUGUGCGAUGAUAGUCUCCACGCCGCCAUCAUGCAGAAGAUCUAUCAGGAGCUGCAAGACACAACUGAGGACCCUGCAAGUUCUCUUACCUCCAUUAGACACCUUCUGGAUCAUCGCGGCAGACACUGGGAGCAGUAAGUUAUGUAGCUUUUUAGCAGGAGACUCCUGCAGCUCUUCCUCUCGCUAUGCAGCCACGCCCCCUUCCUCGAUCCCCUCUUGAAGACCACUUGCCAUUUUUGGACUUUUGUUAAGAGUGAAUGUCUAUGAAUGUGAACUUAGCAUUGGGAUAUUUGAUACCCUUCAGUGACGGACACUGCUUCCAUAACUGCCACAUCAAAAACAUAACACAGUUGAGAUGGAAUGUUUUGAUGCAAGAUGUGUUUAAUUAUGUGCCUUGGGUGUUUGUUUUAUUUUGAAAGUGCUAUGGGUGGCUAUGUUCCUCAGAACACCCCUGCAAAAGGAUGCCUUAUUUUGAAAUCUUUUAUCAAGACUUGACAUUAAAAUCAAGCGUUAAACCACUAAAACAGGCGAUGAUCCUCAGUCACGCAUGCACGGGGAGAACAUGCAAGCUCCACACAGAUAGCCGAGGGUGGAAUCGAACUUGUUUCCUAGCUGUGAGGCCUUAGCGCUAACCACUCAGUCUCAAUGUUUUUAUGAUGAGGUGUUUUUGUGGACGUGCAGCGGCACGUACGAGAAGCGUAACGCCGGUGGUCCACGUCCGGCGUGGUGCCGUUUGAUGAGGUCGGACAGGAAACGCAUCACGCUCAAGUCGCCCGGCACGGACGGGGUAGCCUCUCCGUGAUCGGGCACUUUGGAACCGAACGUGAACAGGAGAGCCCAGUUGGCCAGCGCCGUCAGACCGCUCUCCAGGUGCAGCAGAUAGGUGGCGCCACGCGAGAUGUUGGUGGAGCGGUCGGCCAGCGCUUUGACCAGCGAGCCGGCGUAGGACGGACAGCGUAAUGUCCUCUGGUCCAAGUCCAGCAGGCCCAGAUAACGACUGUAGCGGCUCAGGGAGUGAAGCAUGGCGGAAGAUGAUGAUGUCGACCUUAGCGACCACAAGAACAUGUCAAGGACACGCUACAAAAAAAACAUUCAUGGGAUUAAAAUUAAAGUCACCUGUGGAUGCCCAUCAGCCUCCAGGUGAGGAGGUCGCUCAGCUGCAGCGGCGUGCUCAAACACGGCAUCACCGCACCAACGCCGGGGGCAGGCAGGAAAAGGCUCAGACCGUCCACAGUCUUCCUCAGCAGACCCUCAUCGCCGCCGACGACCACCAGCGGCCGCCCGCUAAACAAACAGAACACGGCAUGCUGGGAAAAGGAGUUUUGCUUGAGGAAGCGCAGUGCUCGGCGCCCCGCCUUCUUUCGUGUCCGUUUGUCGGAGAGGACGCCACUUCGGACCUUCUGGUGCGGGGAGGGCGGGUCCGAGGAGCCGGCUAAGCUGGCGCUGUCCCACGCCUCAUCUGCUGCUCUAUGCGCCCUGAGUGGGGAGGAGGGCGGCGUGCUAAAGUUCACCAGGAGGUCAGGCAGCGUCUGGUGGUUUGGUCUACUUCCUGUUCCAUCAUCACCCAGGCUCCUCCCCCAAAGAAUCUCCUUCACUGUGACGUCACUGCUAACGAGUUUAUCAUCACAGGUCUUCAUCGUUGCUUCAUUUCUUGGCUCCUCCCACUUCUCUGAGAAACCGUUACUAAGAGGCUGUGGCUCCGCCUCCUCCUCAGUGAUGGCGGUGAGGUCCUCGGGGACGAUUGACUCGGUGGUGCUCAGGACUUCGAUGCUGUCCUCGCUGUUGGCUCGUCUGGUGUAUCCUCUCACUCGCCGGGGGACCGCCUCUGACCCGCCUCUCCUCGCCGUGGGCGCCUCAAAGUCCGAGGCAUCUUGCCGCUGCGUGCGAUACGAGCGCUCCGUCCCGAGCACUUCGAUGCUGUCACUGCUGCUGACGCUUCCUGUCAUCUCCAUGAUGCCCUGUGGGUCAGGGGUCACCUCUUCUCCCGCCUCCAGUUUGAUUGGCAGCUCCUCCACGCAGGAGCAGAACGACUCGGGACUCAUUGGCUGCUCCUCGCUUUGACUUCCUGUUGCUCUCUGUGAUGCGCUCUCCUCAUCCUCCUCCUCCUCCUCCUCUUCGUCG